AUGGGCAAAGCCAAGAAGCUCCGAUCCAUUAGCCACAAGAAGCGCGUGCCGCCCACAGGUGGUCCAUCCGCCGAAGAAUUGAGCGAGCUCGAGACGAUGGAUGUACAGACUGUGGCAGCAGACGAAGCGCAGCUGUUCAGGGGCCUCGUGGACGUCCAAGGCGCCGUGCGUGAAGCCACUUGCGUCGUGCUCGCCACGAUGUUUGGCGACCUAGAAAGCGACGAGACGGAGGCCAAGAGCCGGUGCAAAUUGCAGCGGAUGGUGGACGCGGGCCUUUUGACGAGACUCAUUCCGCGGGUCGUGGAUCCGCUGCCAAUGGUCCGUCUACACGCGCUCGGAGCGCUGCGCAACAUGAGCGUGACUGGCGGCUUGGAGCUCUGCGAGGUCAUGACAAGGCAGAACGUUGUCACGCCGCUGGUAAAAGUCAUUAUUGAGAACGCUACGGACACGGCACUGUGUAGCAGUGGCAAUCAGCGGGCAGUGCAAGUCCUGGAACAAGCAGUGGCCCUACUUGGGAAUUUGUGCGAGAGCUGUCAGGCAGCAAUCAACGAGCUGACUCAGGGCGACCUGCUGCCACCGAUUUUCAGGAUUGCAGCAUUGGCUCGUGCACACCCGAUGCUGCACCUCGAGACGCUGAAGCUGCUGUUGCUCAUUACUGAGAGUAAUGUACAGCUGAACGAGGUGAUUGGAGCUGAUGCAACGUACCAGCAGACGAUUCGUGAUCUCGUGCAGGCACCAGCAGAUCAACUGUCGCUGCAAACUCGGCUUGAAGCUGUGGGCAUUGCUGUGAACUUGCAGUCAAUGAUGCAGGUGGAAGAUAUGGUGGCUCGAGUUGUGCCGGUGCUGGAAGCGGCGCUGGCGUAUGAUGCAGUAAAUGUAGUGCAGAUGGCACAGCAAGUGUCUUUGAACUAUGAGCGGUCACAACAAUCCAUACUGGACGAUGAAAAUGUGGACGAUGAUACGUUGACAUCUGAAGAGAAGCAGGAGAUUACGGCUGCGCAGCUGAAGGUUCGCGCGUGGCGCGAUAGUGUGCACAUACUUACUUUGGCACUUGAAUUGGUGGCUCAGCUUGCUGCGUCUGGAGAUGAUUACGACGAUGAAGAGGAAUGGGCCAGUGACGACGAUGAUGCCAUGGAAGAGUAUGCAGCAUCUCACAUGGACACGGACGCAGCAACUGGUGCGACAAGCAGCCCCUUGUUCAAGUUUCUUGAAACAAGUCGCGUGCUUCCGCUUUGCAUGAGUAUUUUGCAGGGACUUGUGUCCAUCCCGCAGCUUGCCACAAGGACAGUCGGAAAAGAUUUCGAGACGAUCCGUAUUCGUGUGUGCAACGCUAUUAACAAUCUUCUGCUGAGUGUGUCGUGGAAGGUGCUCAGUGAUGAGAUGGUGGCCCAGAUCUUCAGUAACCUGUGUGCUUUGUAUGGAAAUCUCAAGCGUGAAGUUGAGUCCGUUCCUACUGCUCCCACCCCCUUCUCACUCGAAAGUAGCGCAACGAAUGACCUUGAGGUUGCAGUGACUACAGCGAUGCGAUCUAUGUUGCGUCGUAGUGGACCUGAAAGCUGCCAACUAGCUGUCACAGCUGAAGAUGCCCAGCUGAUCUUGAACUGCGCUGCUCAAGGACGCUCUGUUGAGUCCCGGGUCAAUGCAAUUGGUAUGAUUGGCUGCGUGGGUAAGCGUUGCUCUAGUACAGCUGAAAAGGAAGCUGUUGGACGUGCUCUGGUAUUGCAACUAGACGACUCGAGCCUUGAGGUGGUCGCUGAGACCUUGAAUGCCAUCUUUGACGUGUACGACGACGAGGAGUUUGAUGACACGUUCCGGGCGCUUGGGUUCCUCAAUACACUAGAGCGGACGUCCAGUGCAAUGAAGACCAAAUUGAAAGCAGAACAGAAGCAGUUAGAUCGCGCUCUCGUGGCCCACGUAAAGGAGACCCGCCUCAACCUGUUGCGCUUCAUCAAGUACAAGAAGAAGCACCUGUAA